AUGGUCGAUAGGCGAGAAAAAUCCCAGUCUCCGGGUUUCAGAUCCGAUAAUAAAACAACUGAAGAACGCCCGCGCAGCUCUUUUACAUCUCUUGGUCUAGCUGCUGCAUUUAUGGGUCAACUGCGCCGACUCAGUGGCCAACACAACAGUCCGUCGAUGGGCAGUGGAAGCGGAAAUAGCAGCCUAAACAGUAGCCGCCGGCCGUCGCACGAACAUGCAGUUCUUGACCCGCCACCUCUUUCGCCACUCGAACUAGUGGGCUAUUCUCCACGAACAAAGACCCGACUAUUGACUCCAGAGCUUGCAGAAGAGAUUCGGGCACUCGUGCCUGCGCGACACCAACUCUACGACACGUGGACGCUUGUCUACAGUCUGGAGCAACACGGUGCAUCGCUGGCCACCCUCUACAGUAACAAUGCACCACCACCAACCUACGGCGGGUCUGAAGAGCUUACACGGCACCGUCAUGGACUUGUUCUUGUCAUUAAGGAUCGUGGCCACCGGCUAUUUGGUGCGUACGUCAAUGAACAUUUCCACACGAUUGCUGUCACCGGGUCACGCAGAUACUACGGUAACGGAGACUGUUUUCUAUGGACCACGAAUCUGACCAAGGAACGUGUUCUCGGAGACAGCAACGCGCUGGAAAGUUCCGAAGGCACGCACGAGCAGCUCCAGUUUAAGGCUUUUCCAUACACUGGCGUCAACGACUUUGUCAUUUACUGUACCCCGCAGUUUUUAUCCAUGGGCGGAGGCGACGGACAUUACGGUUUGUGGAUCGAUGAUAAUCUCGAGCACGGCGUGUCGAACCCGUCUUUGACAUUUGGCAAUGAACCAUUGAGCGGUUCUAACUCCACAUUUGAUAUCGUUGGCGUCGAGGUUUGGCGGAUUGGCUAG